UAGUAGACAGAUGUCCAUUUUGGCACUCCAGCUGUUUGAGGAUGCUUGGUCACUAUAACUUUAGAACAGGCGUCAGUAUGUUUCUACAGAUUUCUCAUUUCUAAGAAAUAUUAUCUUGAAUCAGAAAAGCCAGGGGACAAGGAGCACGGGAGCCCCUUUGAAACCGUGAGAAGUUUUGGCCGCCCGCUGCUCUAGAAAUUGAGAGGAAAGGAUUACGAGAUUAGUACUAACAGGAUGCAGUAAAUUCUCAUUAUGCUAUUUGGAGAGAAAAGGGCAGAAAAUGUCAGACAGCUCUUGAGUAGUCAAGAGAGAAUACCAAAUAUUUACACACACGCACACGCCAACACACACACAAACACUGUUGGACAGGCAAGCGUAGAAUAUGUCAGGCCAUUCUGGAGGGGCUGCGGCAUGGGGAACCGUGCUGCCAUUUUUUUUUUUUUUUUUUGGGAAAGUGUACGUGAAAGCUGCAGUGUUGGAGUUUGGGUCUUCAAUUGCAAGACAGGGAAACUCGUCUGGAUUUGGCCUGGGAAAGAAGUUAAGUAUUAGUCCACUUUAAAAAUGUAAAUGCUGUACCUGCAUAAUGCAAGAAAAUAACGUAUAAAAUGCUCUUUUAUUUCAGAAUGGGAAGCUAAAAUCAUGAUGCUUUUCAGUCUCUAUGGAUGCAUUGAUGAUGUUACCAACUCCUGUCCUGCUGAACAUGGACCAACUGAACGGUCGCUGACCGCUGGACUUUGGACACAACCGGCCUUCGGAGUACUAAGGCUUUUACCAGAACUCCAGCUGAAGUUGGUCUACAGAAAGUUCCCCGGUGUGUGUCCUACCAUGUAAGGUACGGUAGACGUACUAUAUUUGCAGUCUCUUUCAUUUUUCAGGCUGAACAGAAAUACCAGACAGCAAAAACUUCAGCGCUGAAGGACGUCAACACAAACGCCGAUCAGCUACACGGCCUUCGGGAAAUGGCAGUCAUGGUAGCAAAGUUUUACGGUGACCACACAGACUGCGAAAGCACACUGAAUCAAAUAUAUACAGACGGCGAGCAGGAGAGAGCCGUAGAGGGGGGCGUGCAUAUAUUUUGCUCACAUUGCUGAAUGGAUUUAUUUCCUUGGCCUGACUUCUAUGAUUCAGCAGACAGAAAUGUGGCAUUUCAACAGCUACACACAUACACCUUUUCAUAUUAACCUGCUGGUAAAGACAUUGGAGCGUUAGAAGUGCUCUUAAUGUUUUCUAUGAACUGCUUCCAGAGGGUAAAAUAAUCAUGCCAUCACAUGUUCACAUUAAAGUGCACUUAAAGAAGUAGAGCAAAACCAGAUUUGCCUUAGUGAGCUCAAAGAGGUCUAUGAUGGAGUGUUAUCCUUUAGCAUUCCCAUUUAUCUCAAAGGCAAUUGCUCGUCUGGCCCGAGACCCUUUGGAAAAUGGACCAUCUUUGCUCGUGGAUGCUCAGUUCUUCAGGCAUGAAGAUGAUGAUCGUUUCAGACUGGACUCGCUCCUGUUCACGUGUGGCGAGAGUCAUCGUUUGAAGACAUUACGAUGAGUUUAUACCAGUCCAGUCAAUCUCAUCAGUCUUAUUCCAGUGUGAAGGAGAAUAUAGCCCUACUCUGUGGUGGUAACGGUUUCUUAACUGUUGGGGAAACGCUUCAUCAAUGCUGCAGCAAUUAAAGUUCUUCCAUAUGGAAAGGCUGUUUAGCUAAUUAAAUAAGCUGAGUGAGUGAGUGCUUGAGUGCAUCAAGGUUUAUAUGACCUCUUGGCUUCUGAGCUGGAGAAGUCUUUCUGCAAUGCAGCCAACGACAACCAGUCGGGUUUUGACUUAAAUGACAACACAAACCCAAGCAAGAACAACACUCGCUGGGUCAGCGACUGCUAGGAAAACAACUGACUCCGUGCAACCAAUUUUUCAGUUCCUCAAGGGAUGAUGGGAUAUAGGAGAAGGGUCUGAAAGCCAGAGUCGCAGCAGGAAACAGAACCUGUGGCUCUCAUUAGGAUACUUUCCCGGGCUCUCAACGCACUGCCGUGUCCAUGUCUCCUCAUUACUAUCUUCUCACUCACUCGUUCAAGCUCCUCAUGCAUUUGCUGACAUUUUAUUACAGGUCAUUCUCACUGCACCCAGUCAGGAAAGCAUGUUGUUUGAGAAUCAUUUGUGUAUAAUAUAGAGUAAAUAUUCAGCUUCAGCUAAUGGCAUGAACAGCCUUUACACACUCGAGUGCGUCUGCAACGUUCUAAUUCAAAUAACGGAAUGCAAGUUUCAAGAAUGUUCUAAAGCUGCAAAUAAGCAUGUGGCUUUUUCUCUCCCUCUGUCUCAAGCUACGUCCGUAUUAAUCGACAUACGUUUUCCUUUGAAAAUGCUCUUGUUUUCCAUAAGCUGCUUGUCCAAACAUAUGAAAAGCCUUAACACUCUGGCCCUCUUCGGUCAUUUUUGACCGAAAAAUGUUAUAUUUUGGAAUGAGAUUUUGCAUUAGCAAUAUGAACACACAAAAAAAUCAAGGACAUGAUUCGGACAUGUUAAAGGGUCGUAAAAAAAAUAGUCACACUUACCUUCUUUUCGGGUCAAAAAUGACCGACAUAGGAAAUGAAUGGGAAAUACGAAAAAAUACGAAAACUCAAGUAAAAUGCCAAGAGCACAAAAUAGACAAAAAAAUGGUACAAAACAGAAACACACACUCACUUACACACAUUCACAGACAAACACACACACACAACACACCAUUAUACACACACAAAUGAACCAGUGUGGCUGUAACAAUAUGGUAAAAUUGAGCCAAAACUCAAAUAAGAGGAUGAAAUCUGAUCAGAUAAGCUGUUAUAAAACACACCUGUUCAUUUUUGUUUUAUUUUUUAUUGAAUUUUGAUGUUAUGUGUGACAGAAUGUUCUCCUCUGUGUUCAGGUUUGACUGUAGUAAAAUUAAUGCAAAAACUGACACUUCAAAUCAACAUUUCAAAAAAUAAAAGUAAAUAAAAAAAUCUAAACCUUGACAAAAGGUAGUCUUUGAGAAUGUCUAAGCAUAAAUCCAAAUGCAAAACUUAACAAAAAUAAGUGUUUGUGUCUAAAAACCACUAGAGAAUUCAUAAGCCACUUUAUAUAGAGCAAUCUAGUGGUUACGACAUGGCAUUGCAUACGUUUUUCUUUUUUUACUUCCACCAAAAGGCACUAAUCUACCUUCAAAAAAAUGGAUUUUAAAUGCCUUGUCUCUAUUUUAACAUGGAAUACUGCUUUAAUUGAAAAAUAAUUAAAAAAUAUAUUAGAAUUUUUUUUAUUAUUAUUUUCAAUGGGGAAAAAUAGCUAAUAAAAAUUGUAUAAAUAUUGUAUAGUAUUAUAAAAUACCCUCAACAUUUUAUAUGAUAAUCAAAAAAUAUUAUUGAACAAAAAUAUAUUAAAUUAGCUUUCCUGAAAAACAAAAAAAGUUACUUUUCAAGGCUUCGGUCACUUUUGACCGUAAAGAAGGCAAGUAAAUCAUCUUACUGCGCAUGCAUAAACCGUAAUAAAAGGUCAAUUUGCAGGAAUUUAAUCUAAAGAUUGUACUGUGAAAGUGAAUAACACAUAGCUGGCACAUGCCGGUAUGACCAUAGAUAGCUAUGGGUACAAUAGAGUCAAUGGGUUUUUUCAAUGUGUUUAUGGUUAAAUGGCUGAAAUGAGGUCCGUGGUGAACACAAGCUCGAGAUACUUUCACGUUUUAUUUCUAUGACAUAAAAUACAUCAGUAUUAUUAACAUACCUGUGAUUUAUUUAAGCUGUUACCUGUCUUGAAAAUGACAGUUCUUAACAAGUGGGCACAGAUAAGCUCAGUCCACUUUUACAGCGUAUAACUGCGCUCUUACAAACUGUUCUAAUUCAGACUUUCAGGGAAUAUGUUUGUAGAUAAAACUUGUCGGAAGGUGACGUUGAAAUUGUGAUGGACAAAACAUGUGAGUAUCAUAAACUUUUGUUGAUCACAGAGCUUAUUUUUUUGCGAUAAUCCAGAAGCCUAUGGGAAAAUCCUGUUGGGUUUUUGUAGGGAACCAGCGUGAUGCUAACAUCCGAAGUGACGUCAUAGUUCCACCACUCCAUAUGCGUCACAUGACAUGUAGUCUCGCCAUGAGUGAAACCACGCUUAUGCACAAUAUAAUGGCUUUUUCUUCAGCUUGAGUCAUCUUAUGCGAGUUUGCAUGUUGAAUCAAGAUUUGCGGUCAGACCUGUCUCCUGUCAUUUAUCGAUCUGCAGUGGUUGGCAACUUCGUUUCACCCCUGACCCGUCUGCUGUUCUGACCACAGGGAUUGUGGAUGAAGUUUGAACCUCCUUCAUCAGGUAUCCAGCAGCACUGUUCUCAUCAGGAGGGUGUUAAUCUUUAACGGCGCUGGAGACAACCACCAUAGAGACGUCUGUCGGGUCCUAACAGGAUUCUCCGUCUUCUCUUUUAUUGUGUGCACAAGUAAAUCAGACCUUUCCUGAGGAACUAAACUAGGUGGUGAAAUGCUAUUGUGCAACACAACUGCCAUGUCACUCUACUGAUCCGGAAGUAAGGAUACACCUGCUCUGUCCCAGCAUUCCUUGAACUCCACUCAACCAUAUACUGGUCACAUUGAAUGAAGACGUUCGCUAAAUUACACUUCACGACAGACACCGAGGCAUGAGUUAGGCUAAUGGCUUCAUUUCUCAUGGGUACUUGGACAAAUUGAUCGGUGAUUCUUGACGCUCAUUAUGAAGUAGCAGAGGAGCUCAGCAAGUCAAGACAACUUCAGACUCGAGUCUCAGCAUCUCUCUCACCUGCCAUCAGGACAAACCCAGACUGAUUUCAGGACAGUAAAUCCAAAGACUUUUGACCAGCAGAAGAAAUAUCCGUAUGGAUUGUUAAGGCAACUUUGUGGACUGCCGUCUGAAUCACUACACCUGGAAACUUUGAGGAGACUCGCAGAGCUCUGUCUUACAGGACAGAAGAGACGGAGACACAGACAUUACUGUCCGCUGAGGAUGAGGAUGUUGUGUUCUAGAAGGGUUCUGCAGCAGUGGUUCUUUGCUCUGUUCUUACUGUGUUCUCCUGUUCCGCACCACGGCAGGCCCGUCGAUGCCCUCAGCAGCCGAAUGAAGCGUUCGGUGACACACGCUCAGCUGAUGCACGAUAAGGGCCGGACACUGCAGGAUUUUAAGAGACGCAUGUGGCUGCAGGAACUGCUGCAUGAAGUUCACACGGCUGAGAUCCGCGAGGCUCAGCAGCCGAGAGGCGGCAUCGGUAUCGGCAGCAGCGGAGGAGGGGGAGGCGGCUUCACCGUGCCCGUGCCGAUGGGUGUGGGCGUCUCCAUAGGAACAGGCACCGCCCAUCCGAAACCCGCUGGGGGCACCAAGAAUCUGCCAAUCAGCUUCCGUCUGGAGGACGAGGAGGGUACCAACCUCCCGCAGGAAACCAACAAGUCGCAAACAUACAAAGAGAGCACGAUGAAGGCCAUCGGCAAGCGGAAGAAGAAAGGACGUGCGGGGAAGAGGAGGGAGGGGGAAAAGAGGAAGAGGAGGGCCCGUUCACUGGGCCGAUCACCGCUGGAAGAGUUCGGCAGCGGCUUCCACCUGGAGUGGCGGCCGUAUGUGGGCCAGCAGGUGGCGCUGCACUAAAACACUGUCAGUCUUUGACAACGAUCCGUGAGGACUUUUGAAAUGGACACCUAAAUGCUCAUGUUACCGUCCACUGUAAAAGUGAGAGGAAAAUAUUUAUUGUCUGUAAAUAUUCUCAAUGCGCCCGAACAGUGACAAUGACCAAUAACGAUACUGCUAAAGCAUUAUUACAGCUCCACGGAGCUACAGAUUUGGAUCCUUGUGAAUACUUUGCUUUGUUUCUUUUUCGUUUCCUUUUUAUUCUUUUUUUUUUUUUUUAGGACUAUGCCUCUAUUACGGUGUCAGAAUUCCUGUAAUUUAUUUUGUUUGAAUGGUGUAUUUAUUUUGUAAAGGUAUCAAGGUGCUGCUGACCUUCUAUAUUUUUGUACUAUAAUGCACUUUAGAUAUAUAAAUAUAGAAAUAUAUACAAGUAAUUUUGUUAAUGGACGUAUUUUGUGGUUCAGUUGAAUGAAGAAGACUAUAGUCAUGGCCUUGUGUUUGCCCACCUCUCUGUUUCAUUGUAUGUUCGACAGCGUUGGCAUCCAUGUUUCUGUGUGUCUGUUCCAAAACCUAGUGAGCUGCCUACCUAGACAGCAUCAUAGAUUCAUUCCCAAUUCAUCCCAAAUAUUUUCCUUUGCAUACAGACAACAGCAUUGUCAAAACGAUCCCUGUUCACAUGAAUAUGUGAAAACAAUUUAAAAUGCUGUAUUCAGCUGUCAGGCCAGUAGAUGGCGAUGUUGCUUUGUAAAGAAAGUACGCGGCAAUAGACUGAACACGUAAUACGCAUGACGUCACCGUUUUCACAAAUUUGCGUUUUUGUUGUUUUUGAGACGAUAAUGGUAUCGCUUAUCGCCAAAACGCUGUUGUCGUGUAAAUGAACGGCUAAAAUGCAUAAAAUGUUUUCGGUUUUUAAUUGAAAACGGUGUUGUGCAAACGGCCCCUAAAUGUGAUGCAUAUAUACAUACAUGAUUCCUGCACUCAAAUAAUCAUGACAUAGUUUGCAUCUGUUUGAUUUUAUUUAAACAAUUUAUUAAAAUUGCUUAGAAUCAGCAUAAAUAUGUUCAUUGUGUAAAACACUUAAAUUUAUUCAGUUAAAUAGUACGAACACAAGAAUCGACUAAAAGCGCUGUAUUCUGCUGCCAGGCCAGUAGUUGGCGAUGUCACUUUGUAAAUAAAAUAUGGCUAGCUGUGGAACAAGAAAUAUUAGAUUAGUUAAAAUGGAUUUAUUGAUAUAUAAACCUGAUUAUUGUGUACUUAAAACACAUUCAGUUUAUUAGUACAAUUACAGGAAUCUGACCUGUAUUAUUGAUGUAUGACUGACAAAUAUGCAUCACAUUAAGUCGAAACAUAAUGAAAGGACAUUUUAUAUGCAAAUCAAAUACAUAAUCUUACAUUUAGGCCUUUUUUUUUGGAGUGAAGAUGACCAAAAUGAAAUGAGAAAAAUGUAAUUCAUUUAUUUUAUGUAGUUUAGCUUGUCAAACUCAAUAGUCUCCUUUGCACGUCGUUGUUUUAUUAGAGCGUUCCACAUCCGCUAUUCAAGUUCGGAUGCAGCUCACUAGGGUUUGGAUACAGGCUUUUGUAUAUGUGUUUAUUUUGGGUUUCUUUCCUGCUGACCUGGACGAGCCCCACAUCAUCUUCAUCCACCCUCACAUCAGCCUGAGCUUGAGUAUCGAGAGCGCCUCCUACAGCUGAGAUCACAACCACACCACGAUCUUCUGUACACGACCAGCACACGUUAUAGAAUAACUCUUGUUGUUUUGCACUGAGAGAAAAAAAAAAAAAACCCUGUACUGAAUGAAUUAAACAUCUGACUUUUCCUGCA